GCGAUUUCCACUCGUGUCCCGUCAAUUUUUUUUUCUAUUCUGUCGACGAUGCCUUUUCAAGUGACUCUAUAAUUAUUAUUUAUAAAACUGAAUAGACAGGGAGACGAUCGACAUGUAUCUCCACACAAUCGGAUUUUAUCUGCUUCUUCUGGGUGUCUCCCACGGGGACAAACUCUCGCCAGGGCAGCGCGCACCCCUGGGGGCUGGUGCCUCCGGUGGACUUGCCUUGACAGUUCCCCUUCGAGGUGGUGCAGCUGAUGUUGGAGGCAGAUUGGAUGUGGGUAGGAGCGGAGGUAAUCCACCACUUCCAGCACCGAGACAGGCGACGUCUCCAGCUAAAACUGAGGAUGGGGUGAUCAGGGAGGAGACGGAGGAGUUGAAAGAAGUCGAUGGACAGUUGGUGAGAGUUGUCAAGGGAAGUGUUGGGUAUGACAGUCCCGAGGGUCUCCCCGUGGCACUCAAGUAUGAGGCAGAUGAGAAUGGAAAUAGGGCGAGUUUCACUAUUGGAAAGCCUGGAGGUGGUUCUGGGGGUGGAGGAAGACCUGGAGGGGGUGCUGGAGCUGGAGGAAGACCUGGAGGGGGUGCUGGAGCUGGAGGAAGACCUGGAGGGGGUUCUGGAGCUGGAGGAAGGCCUGGAGGGAGUUCCAGUGGGGGUGGGGGACGUCAGCCGACCAAAGGUGGAGGUGGAGGUGGUGGAGGAAAGGCUGGAGGUGACAGCACUUAUCUUCCACCGUCAAAAAUGAAUCCUGAGAGAAAUUACCUUCCACCGAGUUAAACUGCUCUUUCUAUUACAUAUUUUAUUUCUUCAAUAAUGUUUAUAUCACUUUAAUUACAAAAUUAAUUUUUUCACAUACACCUUCUGAUGAUGUUUAAGAUCCUCUGUAAGUGCUGUAACCGUAUGGAUUCAAUAACAAUGGAAGAUGAUAAUUCUGA